UGCCGCUGUGCAGAUCACCUUCAGGUGACAGUAAAAACACACUCACUGCUGUGGAAGUCACCUUCGGGUGACAGUAAAAACACACUCACUGCUGUAGAGGUCACCUUCAGGUGACAAUAAGAGCACACUCACGGCUGUGGAACGCGGCACGGCUGCCGCGGGGCAGCGGCGCUGGGGGAGGCCCGGCCGCGCGGGGCCGGCCCCGAGCUUGCCCCGAGCCUGCCCCAGGAGCCGGGGGCAGCGCUGCCAACCGCGGGGACCCCGCUUGUCCUGCGGAAGGAGCUGUAAUGUUUUGCUGUCAGGAUGAGGAGCAGGAUCCCUGUCAUCCUCCUGGCCUGUGGCUCCUUUAACCCCACCACCAACAUGCACAUGCGUUUGUUUGAGCUGGCCAGAGACCACCUGCACCAGACAGGAAGAUACCAGGUGAUUGAAGGCAUAAUGUCUCCUGUUGGUGAUAGCUAUGGGAAGCAAGGCUUGGUGUCAGCAAGGCACCGGGUGGCGAUGGCCAGACUGGCCCUGGAGACAUCUGACUGGAUCCGUGUGGAUCCCUGGGAGAGCCAGCAGGACACCUGGACAGAGACAGUGAAAGUAUUAAGGCACCAUUAUAAUGAAGCACUCAGAACGUUCCAGUCCAAGGAGUUCACAAGAAACAAACUUCCCACAGAAAGUUCUACAGUGGACUCCCUUUCUUGCCAGCAACCAGUUCUACCAGAAUUGAAGCUGCUCUGUGGGGCUGAUUUUCUACAGACAUUUAAGACACCCAAUCUCUGGAAGGAAGAAGACAUCAAAGAAAUAGUGGGGAAGUUUGGUUUGGUCUGCAUCAGCCGGGCUGGCUCUGAUCCAUCCCAGCUCAUCCAGGAAUCAGAGCUUUUAUCUAAAUUUCAGCACAAUAUUUUCCUAGUGAGAGAGUGGAUCCAGAAUGAAAUCAGUUCAACACAGAUCCGCUCUGCCCUGUGCCGAGGGCUGAGUGUGAAAUAUCUGAUCCCAGACUCUGUCAUUGCCUACAUUGCACAGCACAACGUUUACACCGCGGAGAGCGAGCGCACAAACCAGGGGCAGCUGCUGCAGCCCCUCAGGCUGCAAAACACAGCACUGAACCCUCUGAGGGACUGAUUCCUGCACUGUGUCAUGUAAAUCUCUUGAGAAAGUUGUUUCUUAUUAAUAAUGAAGGGAAACUCCAAAAUUUCUUGAAAUUGAACAGCUUCUUUGUGAAAAUAAAAACAAGGAGAUCUUCACAAUAAA